AUGGAGGCCCUCACUCCGAAUCAUUUCGCACAGAGUCCGACGGCAGUGACGCUGAAUCAGAACCCGACAUGUCAACCCCGGAACCUCCUUCGGUGUCAUGCCGUAGACGCCAUUUUCUAUUUUCCCUCGCCCAUAAACGUGGGCGUAGCCGAGGGUCAUCAAACAGCCCCAGCGCUUGACGACAUAAUAACGGUCCAAGAACGGCAGAGCAAUGACAGAAUUUCAAGUGAUACCGCGGGAGGGGAAUCUACAACAGAUCCAGAUAUCGAGACGGACGACACUUCAUCCGAUAGCGACAGUGAUGGCUAUGCAGAAGGUACGAAGACCCAGAUUGCGUUUAUGAAGAAUCGUUGGGAAAGAUUCUGUCGGAAACAGCACCAAAAACAGGAUACAUCUUCCGACUUGAGAUGGAAAGACCCUCAACACGCCCUUCGGGCGGCUGGAAAGAGAGAAUUCACGAAGUUUCUCUACUGGGGACUUCAAAGCAUUCGGAAAAUAGUGAAAGCGAAAGGGUUGAUCACCGAUGAAAAAGAGAAGCCGCCGCUAUAUAUUGAGGAUGUCAUUAUCCUACAGGAGACGGUUCUCCGCACGAUGGAAAAGCGGUUCCAUAUUGGACUUCAACGAAUGCAACAAUGCCUUUACAAUCUUAUGGCAUGCUUUACGGUGAAUCGAAUCAGUGCAAUGAGAAAGCUCCAAUACAAGCACCUGCAGUGCUCGAUCCAACGAGAUCCAAAAGGGGGGCCGCCCCGCAUUCUACUCGAAAUUACCUACAAGUUUGCUAAAACGCAUCUCGGCGUGACACAAGGCAACACUUUCAUCAUCCCCGAGAUCAUCCAUGAUCCGUCACUUAUGUUGAGCCCGCAUGAGUUUUUACUUGGUAUCCUUUUCGAUGACGACGCUUUCCGUGCCCCCGCAAUAAAAUCCCGGGAUGACCUAAGGAAACUUUGGCUAGAAGAUGGCCGGCAGCAGCUACCACUACCACUGAAAGCGGAGAAGGCAAAUCAUUAUGUAUUCUGUAAGGUUAUAGCGACACGCGGCGUCAUUCAAAUUGUUCGAGAUCAACCAAUCUCGUCUGCUGCUCUAGGAAAGCAGUAUCAAACCACAGGGGAAAUUGCUGGCUUCCCGAAUCUUUGCACACACUGCAACCGUUACGGUGGUGGGACAAUCCUCAAUCAGAGUAGACUUGUGAGCGAUGCCCAACAAAACUUAAUCAUAAAACACGCCAGUAUUCGAACGUUUUUGAACCAUUAUCUCCCGCGUCGCAUCGGUACAGACAUGCAGGCAUUGAUGAGGGGUCUCGAACCUGACUCGGCGAUGAUGAGAGCGGUAACCCGGAUGGGGAGAUGGGUUGACACUCGACGGCCUCGCGAGCUUACUGAAGCCCAGAAAGCCGGUGUUGAAGCAAUGCCGGAGCUACAAGAGGCGAUCCACAAACGUGAUGGGCUCGCUCGAAAACUGAAACAAUCCGGCAAACAGAGUCGCAGAGAAGUGGAUCGACAUGAACAACUCAAAAGGAAUGUAAUCAACACACGCAGUCGGCUUCUUUACGAUCUUCGCAAGCGUGUUAGGGAAGAAUUUGAUAGCAGCCAAGCAGUUAAGGAUAUUCAGCGACAGCUUGCUGCGGGAACGGCAGUUCAUGAUGACGAAACCAGGGAGCGUCUGGUAGCUGAGGAAAACAUGCUGCCAGAGCAGAUAUUUCUUUUAGAAAAGCUGAUGACAUGGCCGACCUCGUUGUCUUUGGAGCGGGAGUGGAAACGGCGCAAUGAGGCAGUUGAAGCUGUUCGCAUGUACUGCCGCGUGCGAGAAGGUGGGCCUCGAAGAGGACGAAGACCGAAGAACCCCACUUGCCGUGAUAGUCUUUCACCACACAGCGCCCCUACACCAGCUUCUACACAGAUCCCUAUGUCAUAUUUGCCACGCGAAGCUGCUUUACGAAGAGCAGAAGAGCACAUUCAGGCCGCCGCUAAACCACUAGGAUGCUUCCAAUGUUUUGGAAACCUAGAAGAAUCGGAGGACCGUCGGAUGAAACAAUAUUCUCGGCAUAAACAUCUCCUUCGUCAUUUUAGGACUACACAUCUGGAUGACCGUCACUGCAAGUACUGCAAAAUGUCAGUGGAGCAUGAAGAUGGUUUGAGGAGGCAUGCUCAUGAGAAGCAUAGAUUAAAGACUUAG